AUGCACGGCACUCACGCGUCGGCACUUGUGUUCGCUCCGGCGGUCGGGCGCAGACUGGCGUAUCGCGCGCGCACGCCGGCCCGGAAGGAAGCUGAAGCUGAAAGUUCGCAAGUAAAAGUUUUAAGGCUCGCUUACAAUGGCGCUCGGCCAAUCUCAUUGAGACUAGCCAACUGCGCAGGAGAUAUUAUAGUGCAUAAGUGUACGCGCAGACACAACGUGCACUCUCUAUUCCUGUCACUCUCAUACUCUGGUGGGACGACCACUCGACACGACCAGAGAGAGUUAAGGCAAAGGACCGACGGUUUUACGUGCUCCCCGAGGCACGGGGGUGAAACGCCGCCUACUUCCCAACUACGGGCUGUUACUGAGGCUUACUAUACAGAAAGACUCAAUAAC